GAAUUAAUCGCCGGGCGACUGAGAAGUCUCUCGGAGAGUGCCAGGUCAUGAUGAGUUUUUUUUUUUGAGGCAUUCUUUAAGCACGAAAGCAUGCAUAAAGGAUGUGCUGGCACACAAGCAAAAUCCAUUCGAGAUCCCGAACAUGAUGUCUUACUUGGGCUCAAUGUUGGAUAUGUAUAAUGCAAAACCUUUUCUUUCUGAAGACGAAUUUGGAGGAUAUGUUAGGCUCUCUGCUCUGCCCGGGUGAAGCGGAACAAGGAGAUGAGAUAAUUAUUCUGUUUGGAUUGUACAUUCCACUUGUGUUUCGUAAAGAUGUGAAUGGUUUCUAUCGAGUUAUUGGUGAGGCUUAUGUACAAAGAUUGAUGGAUGGGGAGGCAUUGGAGUUAGACCUCCAAGUUUCAGAUAUCCGGCUCAAAUGAUACCUGUCGCGGAAGCCGACGGAAUGGAUGUGGCCAAUCAAGCUGCCAAGCCAAACCUCGCUCCGAAUUCUCUGAGCGUCAACAUGGUAACCGCGACUUGGUACUUCGAG